AUGGAAAGUAAAUUGGAAACCGUAUCAAUAUUCCUGUUUUUGUCAACCCUUUUAUGUACUCCGGCCUUUUCCACAUCAAAUGAUGGGCUUGUUAGGAUCCACCUAAAAAAAGUGAGAUUUGGUGAAACAAAUCUUGUUUCUUCGGACCUCGGUCUGAAAGAUGGAGAUUCUUUAAAGGCGUCUAUUAGGAAGUAUAAACAAAGUGUGCAAAAUCUUGGUGAUGCCCAAGAGCCUGAUAUCGUAUCACUGAAGAACUAUAUGGAUGCUCAAUACUAUGGUGAGAUUGGCAUUGGCACCCCGCCUCAGAAGUUCACAGUGAUAUUUGACACUGGUAGUUCUAACUUGUGGGUCCCAUCAUCAAAAUGCUUAUUUUCGGUAUCUUGCUUUUUCCACUCAAAAUACAGGUCAUCUGAGUCGAGCACCUUCAAAGCCAAUGGGAAACCUGCUGCUAUCCAAUACGGUAGUGGAUCAAUAACUGGAUUCUUUAGUGAAGACAACAUCGUGGUGGGUGAUCUAGUUAUUGUGGAUCAGGAGUUCAUUGAGGCAACAAGAGAGCCUGGUGUGACAUUUUUGGCGGGGAAGUUCGAUGGUAUCCUUGGGCUUGGUUUCAAGGAAAUCUCAGUUGGAAAUGCUGUCCCAGUAUGGGACAACAUGGUCAAUCAACAUCUAGUUAAGGAGCGUGUGUUUUCAUUUUGGUUGAACCGAAGAAGUGAGGAAGGUGAAGGGGGUGAGAUCGUCUUUGGUGGUGUUGAUCCAAAGMAUCACAAGGGCACACAUACUUAUGUUCCUGUCACACAAAAGGGUUAUUGGCAGUUUGACAUGGGCGACGUAUAUAUUGGUGGGAAGCCAACUGGGUUUUGUAAGGGUGGAUGUUCAGCAAUUGCGGAUUCGGGAACUUCAUUGAUAGCAGGUCCAACGGAUGUGAUCACCCAAAUAAAUUCUGCCAUCAGGGCUGCAGGAGUUCUUACUCAGGAAUGCAAGAAUUUGGUUAACCAUUUCGGGAACCAAAUGUUUGAUAUGGUUAAAUCAAUGGUUGCUGAUCCAAAGAAGCUAUGUGCCAGUGUUGGAAUCUGUACCGCUGGAAAUAUUGCUGGCAUUAGGAGUGUUGUAGAUAUAAGCAAUGAUGUAUCAUCUGGAUUGGAGACCCCGAUGUGCGAUGCUUGCGAGUUGUUCGUAAAAUGGAUGAACAAACAGAUCAGUGAGAACAGCACACGUGAUAGCAUUUUAAAAUUGGGCAUUGACCUAUGUAAUGUGGUGCCGAGCCCGUUGGAUGAGUCGACGGUUGACUGUGCGAAAAUUCCUUCUAUGCCUACUAUUUCGUUUACCAUUGGUGACAAGGAAUUUAAACUUUCGCCUGAGGAGUACAUACUUAAGCUUGGCGAGGGUGAAUCUACGCAGUGCAUCAGUGGUUUCAUUGCUUUGGACGUUCCUCCUCCCCGUGGCCCACUCUGGAUACUGGGUGAUGUGUUUAUGCGUCGUUACCACACUAUAUUCGAUUAUGGCAACCUUAGAGUCGGAUUUGCAGAAGCUGCAUAAACUGAAGGCGUUAAUAGUUCCUAAGAACCUACCUUCUUUGUUUAUGUUGUGUAAACAAGGUGAAACAGUAAUUAAUAUAUACCAGUAAUUUGGUGUGCUUAAAAAGAUCUCUCAUAAAUA